CCGGAAGUGAAACUGCUGUAGUGACGCUCGCGCCGCUCGUCUUGUUUAUCUUCCUUGAGAUGAAUGCUAGUCGACUUUUCCUACAUUUAUUGAAUUCUCAUCAAGUAGCUAUUAUUUGGAGUAUGUUAAUGAGUUAUUAAGGUGUUUAGAGUGUGUUUGUGUCAGACAGCAGGCGACUGUAAGGGAGUGUUUUGGCCUGGGCUCACACACGCUCGUAUAUUUCACACAUUUAUUCUUUUAUUUCGCAGGAGUUUAGUGUCUUUAUUUAUAUUUGUGUAAUAAAUCAUGGCUGUGGUCAACGAAGGAGCUCUUAAAAAGAUGCUGAAGCAAUACAAAUACAAAGAUCUCACUGUCCGAGAGAUAACAAACGUCAUCUCUCAGUACAAAGACCUCAAACCUGUUAUGGAUGCAUACGUGUUUAAUGACGGAUUGUCCAGAGACUUGAUGAGCCUCACAGGAACUGUUCCGGUUAGUUAUAGAGGGAAUGUGUACAAUAUUCCCGUGUGCUUGUGGCUGCUGGAUACCUAUCCCUACAAUCCUCCGAUAUGUUUUGUGAAGCCCACCAGUGCGAUGAUGAUCAAGACCGGCAAACACAUCGACGCCAACGGCAAGAUCUACCUGCCAUACCUGCACGAGUGGAAGCAUCCUCAGUCAGAUCUGUACGGGCUCAUCCAGGUCAUGAUUGUGGUGUUUGGUGAGGAGCCGCCUGUUUUCUCCAGACCCACCACACAACCUCCUUACCAGGCCUUCCAAGCAGCCGGACCCCCGAACCAGUCCUAUAUGCCAGGAAUGCCAGCAGUAUCUCCCUACGGGCCAAACCCAAACCCCUGUGGUUACCCAGGUUACCCUUACCCAGGAGGCAAUGCUUAUCCUGCCACAGGCGGUCCAGCACAUUACACUUCCCAGACUCCCGUCACUACUGUGGGUCCAAGUCAUGAUGGUACCAUCGGUGAGGACACCAUCCGAGCAUCGCUGAUCUCAGCCGUGAGCGAUAAACUGCGCUGGAGAAUGAAAGAGGAGAUGGACAGAGCACAAGCCGAGCUGGACGCCCUGAAGAGAACUGAGGAAGACCUGAAGAAAGGACACCAGAAGCUGGAAGACAUGGUGUCCCGCCUGGACCAGGAAGUGGCUGAGGUGGACAGAAACAUUGAGCUUCUCAAGAAGAAGGACGAGGAACUGAGCGAAGCUCUGGAGAAGAUGGAGAACCAGUCGGAAAACAAUGACAUUGAUGACGUGAUCAUCCCAACAGCCCCGCUCUACAAGCAGAUCCUGAACCUGUACGCAGAGGAGAACGCUAUAGAGGACACCAUCUUUUACCUGGGAGAAGCCCUGCGGAGAGGAGUCAUCGACCUGGAGGUCUUCCUCAAGCAUGUGCGUCUGCUGUCCCGCAAGCAGUUCCAGCUGCGAGCGCUCAUGCAGAAAGCGCGAAAGACGGCCGGACUCAGUGACCUCUACUGACCCUGCGCUCCAGCUCUGAUCGCACGUGCCAGACUCGGAUCUAGUCACUCUGUGGUAUGUCAGUGGGAGUUCAGCUGUUUAUGAUCUUUUACUUCUGUGAGAGUUGUAGCUUCUGUACCUGACUUUAUUUUCUCGAUUUGGAAAAGGCAAAAUGGGUACGAUAUUUGAACGCUAAGACCGGAGCAUUAGAAGUAAAUGAGACGUCGUAGACUUUGUUCCUUCUUUCAUUUGAGCUUCUUGUGUUAAACUGGCAGGCGUUUGGGUCUUUGGCUUUAGAUACUACUGUUAUUAACCGUACAGAGUGAUAACUUUUAAACUGUGACGUCUGCGGGAAGUGUAUGAGGACAUUGCUCUCAGAUGUGGAUAUGGAUGUUUCAAAGUGUUGUCAUACUCCAUAACUAUGUGAAUCUCACAGGAACAUCCACCUCAAAAUAAAUAAAAUAUAAAUUUUCUGCAGAAAAAAUUUAGGACUAUUAAGAUUUUUUACAUUGUGUAAAAUAUUAAGUACAUUUAAGUAAAAAUUUGGGAAAAAUAGGUACAUUUACUCCCGAAAUUUCUCAUUAAAGUAAGAGGGGAAAAAGUCAAUACUGUAAUACAGUAAUAAAAAUAAUCC